GUUCAGAGUUUGGCCCGUCUGUUUGUCACACGCCAAACUAACGCUUUCAAGAGCCCACCACACAAAAUAUCCAGCCAAUUUACCUCACAUGCACUUCAUAAACGAAACUCGGUUUCCUUCUUCAUCUUUGCUUUGGCGGUUACUCAAUCUUUCACGCCGAGAAUUUCUCUUAUAUUUUCCGCCCAUCACCACGUAUUUGUUUAAACAAAAAGCCCCUGGUGAUCACAGUUUGGUUCUUACCAUGGAUUCACUCUCAUCAGUAUCCCCUUCCAUCGUUCUCCCUCCCAGUAAUCCCCUCCGUCUUCGCACCCGACAGGUUCGCUUCUCUUCUUGCACUAUUAUUCACAAUCGUUUUUCUGCCCUCUCCUCUUCCUUGGCCGGACGCCCUACUGGCAGAGUUCCUCAAUUCUACUGUAAAGCCAGCACCGGAAAUAGAGAUGAUGGUGAUGACGGCAGCCAAGAAAUUGAGAAAGCUCUUCACUUGGACGGAACCAUUCCUGGGAGUUCUAACGAGUUCGUUAAGCGAGUUUCUUCCCGUGCUUAUGAUAUGCGCAGACAUUUACACCAGACUUUCGACACCAGCAGCUAUGACGUUCUAGAUGCAAACCCAUGGAGAGAAGCUUCAAAGCCUGUAUAUGUUCUAACCCACCACAAGAACCAAUUAUGCACGAUGAAAACUCGAAGGAAUCGGAGUGAAGUUGAAAGGGAGCUUGGAUUAUUGUUUUCCAAGGGACGAAAGUGGAGGUCUGAAAUUGGAAAUCGAUCCAAACAGUCUAGAGGUGGAACUAAGUUCCAGAUGCUUGUAGAAGAUGUUAGGGAGGGAGUGCUUGUAUUUGAAGAUGAGAAUGAAGCUGAGAGAUACUGUGACUUGCUGCAGGGAGGAGGCAAAGGGUGUGAAUGUGUUGCAGAGAUUGAAGCCUCAUUUGUAUUUGAUCUCUGCCGAAAAAUGAGGGCCUUAGCUGUUUUGUUCCGCAAGGGAAGGACUCCUCCUCUACCUCACAGCCUGGAGCUCAAUCUCAGGGCCCGAAAACGGUCCCUUGAAGACCAAGAGGAGUUGAUGUGAGAGAAAUGUCGACAUGGAAAUAUGAGAAAAAAUAGAACAAAUAUAAAAAAUGAUACAAAAGGGUCUUUGAGUUUACACAUUCAUUGUAAUGGUAGUUUUGGAGUAAUCCUGUUGUAUUUAGCAGAGACCUUAUACUAAUUAAAAUGAUUAAACCCUAAUUUUAAUUUUAA